ACUCAUCGAGACGGCGCAGGAAAACGAAUCUUAGGUGAAGGGGGCGGGUGUCGAUCAGCUGGGGCAGCCUGCAUAUAAACUGAUGCUGCUGCUGUGCUGAGCAUCGUCUUCGAACUGCUGUUGACUGACGACUGAAGAGUUUGCUGUUUGGAAAAAAAAGAGAUCAUUUUCAUCAUGGACAUCAUCAUCAUCAUGCUGAACGGGACGAGGCACACGCUGAGCGUGCAGCCCCAGGACACGGUGGGCUACCUGAAGCAGGUCAUCCAGGACAAACUGGGGGUUCCGACUGAGAGGCAGCGGCUGGUGGUGGACAACGGCCACAGGACCGACCUGAACAACGACUCCCAGACCCUCGGCCACUACGGCCUGCACUCCGGCUCCACCGUGUCGCUGCUGGUGACCGAGCCGAUCCGGCCGGCCUGCAUCCAGGUGUUCCUGCGGAACGAGAAGGGGAAGGUGAGCACCUAUGACAUCACACCAGAAGAGACCGUCAGCGACUUCAAGCGCCGGGUGCAGUCCAGGGAGUCGGUGCCGGAGAGCCAGCAGAGGCUGGUGUACCAGGGCCGCGAGAUGACCGCCGGUAAACUGUCGGACUACCACGUCGUUGCGUUGAGCACCAUCGACCUGUUGAUGCGCCUGAGAGGAGGCUGAGGAGACGGACGCACCGUGAACACACCACGGCCCCUUUAUAAAUAUAAAAUGACGAUUAAAUAGCCUUAAACACUUUUACUGUUCCCGAGCAAAAACAUUCCUCUGUGUGACAGAAAUGUUGUCUUAAUUGCUUUCAAUAUUUUGUCUUGGCAAUACCCUUACAACACGACACGCUUAAAUUGUAUUGUUCUAUAAGUUUAUUUUCUAUUUAAAGUAUUACGUUUUGUUAUAAUUUAACGAAUAAAGUCACAAAUGUGAACACA